AUGCUACGGACGCCACUUAUCGCCAUCGCGGCGCUGUGGUGGAGCAGUCUCGUCGCCGCCCACGUCGUCAUCACCUAUCCCGGCUGGAGGGGGAACAACCUGCACACCAACGGCACCAAUGCAGACGGCUCUAUCCCCACCGGCUCGUUAGGCAUCGACUUCGAUUCGAACAAUGGCACCCGCGGCUACCCCUAUGGCAUGCAGUGGAUGUAUCCAUGUGGCGGCCUGCCCACGAGCACCAACCGCACAAAAUGGCCCGUCAGCGGCGGCGCAGUUGGCUUCCAGCCCGGCUGGUUCUCCGGGCACAAGACUGCGCUCCUGUUCGUCAACCUGGGCCUGGGCACCGAGCCGCUCAACAUGUCGCAUAACAUGGUGCCCAUGUUCUCCAUCAACGGCCCCACCAACGACAUGUAUCCCGGAUCCGUCUGUCUCUUGCAGGUGCCGCUGCCCGCGAACGUCUCGGUGAACGUGGGCGACAACGCGACGAUCCAGGUCGUCGAGAUCGCGCAGCACGGCGCCGCCCUGUUCAGUUGCGUCGAUAUCACGUUUGCGGAACCGCACGACGUUGCCGAAGUCAACGAAACCAACUGCGUCAACACGACCGGCACCGACUCCCUCAUCACGUACGACACCGUCUUCACCGCGUCGAGUCUGAGCGCCGCGAGCUCUCUGUUCCACACGAACGCCUUCAUCGCGGCGCUACCGACAGCUGGCGCGCUCCUGUUCGCGUUCCUCAUGCUGUAA